ACAUGAAUAGCAGGACUGUUCCAGCAGCUGCGCCCUGGGCCGGCGCUCAGAGGCUGCAGGAGCACAGAGCGCUCCGCUCCCGCUCCGGCUGCUCCGGGGACACGGAUCUGGGGACGCAAGGAUGGCCUCGGAGAGGGACAGCACCAGCCCCCAUGGCAUGAACCCUCACCUCCGGAUCCACGGGCCGAUGAACAUCAACCACUACGCGACCAAGAAGAGCGUGGCAGAGAGCAUGCUGGACGUGGCGUUGUUCAUGGCCAACGUCACCCAGCUCAAAGCUGUGCUGGAGCAGGGCACGUCCUUCCAGUACUACGCCACCCUCAUCGUGCUCAUCAGCAUCUCCCUCUUCUUCCAGGUGAUGAUUGGGAUUCUCCUUAUCAUCACUGCUCGUUUGAACCUGAAUGAUAUUGCAAAGCAACCACGCCUGAACAUACUCAACAACGCUGCCACAGCUCUCAUCUUCAUCACAGUCAUCCUCAACAUCUUCAUCACAGCCUUUGGGGUGCAGAAGACUGGCCUCUACCCUGGCAGGAAUUUUGGACCUUAUUAACUCAUGGGGCAAUGGACUCAGGACCUGAGCAGUGCAGCUCUCCUCCACGUUUCCACUGACCUCAGCAGGAGCCCAUGGAUGAAUUCAGAAAACUGGGUUAAACUUCAAAACUCUGUGUGUAUCAUAGCAGACUGACCCCUUGCUGUAAUGCUUUUGCAGUUCUGAGGGGCAGGAAUAUUGUCUUUCCAACCUAGAACAAACUUUGCAAGAGAAAAGUGCAGGAACAGCAGCAGGUAUACAUUUUGAAAGUACAGUUCUGUAAAUCUCUUUUCUUAUUUUAGCUGCCUGCUUCACAUAUAUUAGCUUAUUUGAUAGAGAAGACUGAAUGAAUUACUUUGUAGGCUAAAUAAAUAAGUCCAGAUUUU